ACUCGGAGAUUGUUGUCAGCGCUAACAUCAAUCUUGUCACACCCGCUAUAUAUAGCGAAAGGGCAUCGCUAGAAAGGGCAUCGCUAGACUCUGCUUGCUUAGCCGUAGGGGUGACCAUAUUUGAUGCUAAAGUCAUAUCUCAGUUCAUGUUUUCAUCUGAGGGAAACAUUCCCACCACAAGUGCUACUACUUUGAGGGCUGAGGAUGUAUCAGUUGGGAAAGAAGUUGAAAGUUCCAGACUGGGCAGGGAAUCGAUAAGGUCUAUAAAAUCUCAUACUAAAUCUGAGGAGGCUAUUUGUCUUAUUGAAGCCAUUAAAAAGGAUAAUAUUGGAAUUGUUGAAGUGCAACUUAAACAAGGAGCUGACCCCAAUAUUGCUGAUACUUAUGAUAAUACUCCAUUACACUGUGCUAGUGAAGCUGGUAAUGCUAAUAUUAUCAAAUUAUUAAUAACUAAAGGAAAAGCUGAUGUGAAUGCUGUGAAUAAGGUAAAGUUAUUGACUAAAUAG